AGUGUUUGCUUAUUUUUUCAACCAGAAAGACUAUGAGGGUAUAUGCCAAGCGAACUGCUCUUUGCUUUUUGCUAUUUCGUCCAUCAAUUUCUCAAACGACCACCCCCCUAUGGAAAUACUUGAGAACAAGAAACCCCACUUUGGUUCUUACUUAAAACAAACACGGCUGCCAGUUUUAUUCUGUCCCUUGUGCCAAUUCAUUCUAUCGCCCUUGCAAAAAUGGAGAAGAUUUUUUACAUCUUCUUCGACGAACUCAUUCGCCAAUUCAAGCGUGAUGGUUUGAAAACCAAACAAAGUCGAAAAAGUGCACGAGAUCAUCUCAGUUCGAUAAUAUCUGGAAUUUCCAAUGGACAAAAGUUGGCACCAGAAGAAGCUGCUCGCUUGGCAGUGGAAACAGCUAUAAAUUUUCACAAGGAUAGCAGGGAUAAAAAUUUGCAAAUUUGCUUAAUGGGAACAUACCACAACAUCCUCUACAUCGCCCUAAAGACAUGUUGGGAUUGGGGUGUCACAGAUAGCAACACCGUCUGCUCACUUCUUGGAGAAAUCUACUCAUGUGAGAAAACCUUUGAACGAUUAUUUUUGGGAGCUAUCUUCGGAACCAGUGCGCCCUACUUUAUUGCAGGCUGGAAAUCGGAUUUUAGAGAUCAGGAUGAAAAUAGUAGAGCCAUGGUGUACUUCUUGGAUCAUGCAUCGAGACGGAGAAUUGAAUUUCCUGUUUGUGUCAAUAUCGAAGGGCAAAAUAAUCCAAGAAUGACGCGGUUCAUUGAUGUGCCAAUCCAGUCGUGUGGCAUGGCGUCACCCCUCCGUGUCACCCUUCAAGCUGGAGCACCCGAUAUUUUGCUUAUUUUGCUGAGAUAUGGUGCCAAUCCGAAUCCAAUGGACGGAGGAUCAAACCCCAUAAUCGCAUUAUUAGAUAAAUUACUUGAGUCUGAAGAUGGACGAUAUCCAUACCAAUUAGAAUCGUGCUUGAAAAUACUGAUGAGGGCUGUACCAUUUAUUGAUCUCCCAUUUAAGCCCUACAUUUUUCAUGUGCGGAAGGAAAUGUUUGUGGAGAAAUAUUGUGUGCUCAUCAAGGAUGGUUUUAUAUCGGAAGAUCAAAUUGGCGAAGUAGCAUCCCUCAAGCACUUAGCGAGGUGUGAAAUUCGCCAGAGGCUACGAGAUACGGGCACAUUACCCAGAGGCAUAAAAAAUCUCCACCUUCCACGACGACUGAGGCGAUAUAUAGAUUUAAUGGAAGACUAAUUCGUUGCACCGAAAAGAUUCAUGAAUCCCAUGAGUUCCCAUCAUGUGGUGUGUGACUAAUGAACCCCCUAUUGUUCGAUCAGUAGUAUAAACGUAUCCUACUUUUGGCAAUGCGGAGAUGCCUUUUACAGCACUUCCCCAUGCGGAGAUAUUCCAUAAAAAUAAUUGAAUAAUUUAUUGCAGUGUACCCAGUGGGUUCCUGUACUUAAAAUGUUAUUACGCAAUAUCCCACCGAAAAAAUAUACAUAUUCAUUAUAUAUAAUCACAUAAAAA